AUGAGUGAGGUUGAAGAACUAGAUGAGGAACUUGCAGCAAUCGAGGCGAUCUAUCCUAAUCAUGUAAAUAGAAUAAAUGACACUAGAGUUGCAAUAAGCGUCCCUCAACAUGACGAUGUCUCUAUUCAAAUGACAUUUCCCACUGCGUACCCUGCCCAAGAACCACCAAAUAUACUUGAAGUAUCUGUGACUAAUGAAAGAGCAAGAUGCUAUGAUAAAAAAUAUUUAAAAUCUCUGUUUGAAGAAGUAAUGGGAUCUGUGUAUCAUCAGGGCUCUGUAUGUGUGUUUGAUUUCUUAACUGAGUUGGAUGGUAUUUUAUAUGUCGAAGAACAAGCCAUAGAGGAUAAAGAACCGGAAAAUAAUGAAGACCAGACCGAGUUACACCUGGAUCCAUUUGCAGGAUGGAUACAAAGUGAGCCCGUAACUGACCGUGCUUCAACAUUUAUUGCAUUCGCAGCUCACGUGAACUCGGAAGAGGAAGCAUUUAAGAAGUUAGAUCUUCUGAAGACUGAUAGAAGGAUCAUGAAGGCAACUCACGUAAUGGCAGCUUGGAGAAUUCAGGGCUCUGGAGGGAUUACAUAUCAAGACAGUGAUGAUGACGGUGAGACCGCUGCAGGUGGCCGAAUGUUGCAUUUGCUUACGAUUAUGGAUGCGUGGAAUGUCAUCGUUGCUGUAUCCAGAUGGUUUGGAGGGAUACGCCUUGGUCCUGACAGAUUCAAGCAUAUAAAUUCGACUACCAGAGAAGCCAUAGUUAGAGGAGGCUUUGUUAAUGAGUCGAAAAGUGGUGGUUCCUCAGCUGUUAAACAGGGCAAGAAAAAAUAA